AUGGCAGCAGAUUUCUCAACAUCAGUUCAACUCGGUCUCAACCUCUCAAAGCGGAUAUACUACGGAAAAAAUGCGGCAGAGUCCUCGCCGCCGCGUCCGGUGUUGGCGGAGAGGGAGACUGAUCCUGUGGAGAGUUAUCUUCCGACGGCGGUGAUGGUUUAUGCGGAAAUAACGGAGCCUUCGAUGGUGGACAAUCCGUACAUUCCGAGCUACCAGCCUUACGUGCACGGGCGGUGUGAUCCGCCGGCCUUGAUUCCGUUGCAUAUGCACGGAGUGACAAUGGAGUUGGACUGUUAUUUGGAUACUGCAUUUGUUACUGUUAGUGGUGCGUGGCUUGUACACUGUGUUUCUGCGAGUGAAAGCUGCGACUGCCGCAUUGCUGUACCAAUGGGCGAAGAGGGUUCAGUUCUAGGGGUAGAAGUUGAAACCCCUUUUAAGUCAUAUUGUACCCAAUUUAUUUCCUUGGAAGAUACCAAAGAUGCAGAGAAUUUCGCCAAUGCAAAAGAUGGGUUCCUGAUAAAAGGCCAGACAUACACAUUAAAGAUUCCCCGGGUCGAUGGCGGAUCUAUCCUUUCGCUCAAAAUUAGUUGGUCCCAAAAAUUGUUGCAUCAAGAUGGUCAAUAUUGCCUCAAUGUGCCAUUCACUUUUCCAUCAUAUGUCCUUCCUGUUGGGAAGAAAGUGUCUGGAAAGGAGAAAAUCUUAUUGAAUGUGAAUUCCGGUACUGGAACAGAAGUCUUGUGCAAAAGUUCUAGUCAUCCUCUGAAGGAGAUAAGACGCCUGGCGGGGGAAGUAGGAUUUUCUUAUGAGAGAGAAGUUCUGACAUGGUCCAUGUCUGACUUCAAUUUUUCAUACACUGUUUCUUCAAGUGAUAUAUGUGGUGGUGUGCUCUUGCGGUCCCCAUCUCUUCAUGAUAAUGAUCAAAGAGAGAUGUUUUGCUUUUAUCUUUACCCAGGGAAUAGCAUCCAUAAGAAGAUUUUCAAGAAGGAAGUGGUAUUUUUGGUUGAUAGAAGUGCAAGCAUGCAGGGAGGUCCCCUCGAGAAUGCAAAAACUGCACUCUUGGCUGCCCUAUCAAAGCUUAGUCCACUAGAUACUUUCAACAUUAUAACUUUUAAUGGAAGUUCUUCAAUAUUUUCUUCGUCCAUGGAGCUAGCGACAAAGGAAGCCAUCGACAAUGCUUAUGAAUGGAUUAAUAUUAAUUUUGUAGCAGAGGGUGGCACAAACAUAUCAACUCCCUUGGAUCAGGCAAUCAGGUUGGUGUCUAAAACUGGUGCUGUACUUCCCAUCAUUUUUCUCGUUACUGAUGGAACCGUAGAAGAUGAAAAGAACAUUUGUCAUUCCAUGAAAAGUCACCUCAUGAAGGAAGGCUUGACUAGUCCACGGAUUGGCACGUUUGGCAUAGGUUCAUAUUGCAAUCAUUACUUCUUGAAAAUGCUUGCAGAAAUUGGGAGGGGUUACUAUGAUGCUGCAUUUGAUAUAGAUUCGAUCAAUUUGCGGAUGGAAAGAUUUAUUGACAAUGCAUCAUCAGUCAUCCUUUCAGAUAUAACUAUUGAUGCUUUGGAACAUCUUGAUUCACUUGAGUUAUAUUCACUUCAUCUUCCAGACCUGCGAUCUGGAAGUCCUCUAUAUGUGUCUGGAAGAUACUGCGGGAACUUUCCGGACUCUGUUAGAGUCAGUGGUACCUUGGCAGAUUUGAGCAAUCUUGUGAUAAAUGCUAUAGUACAAAAAGCAAAAGAUGUCCCUAUUGACAAAGUAUUUGCAAGAAGACAAAUUGAUGCACUUACAGCUCAUGCAUGGUUGUCAGGAAGCAAACAACUAGAAGAGAAGGCUGCAAAAAUGAGCAUACAUUCAGCUGUGUGUUCGGAGUAUACCAACAUGAUUUUAAUUGAGACGGAUAAAAGGAAGCAGCAAUCCAAAUCAAAUACAGCGGAAGAGAAAACGGGUGAUUCCAAAGGGCAGAAGAUCAUUGUCCUGCGAAAUAUAGGUACUGGCUUUGGUAAUUUGGAGGCCACUGCUAAGAAUCUUCCACCAGAAAAAGCAGAGCCCAAUUUAUAUGAAACUUCAACAAUGCUUUUCAAGACCGCUUCAAAUGUUGGUCGCAGAGUGGCAGAUCGGUGUUGCUGCAUGUGUUUUCUUCAAUUUUGCAAUAGGCUUAAUGACCAGUGUGCAAUUGCUUUAACACAGCUGUGCACAGCUCUUGCAUGUUUCGGAUGCCUGAAAGUUUGUUGUGAAGUCUGCGAUCUCUGUUCUUGUGAUCAAUGCUAA